GGAGGUUCGGAGUGGGUGGGAGAGUAGGUGGGUUAGGAAGGGGGAAAGCAGAGCAGAUGGCUUUUCACGGUUGAUAAGCCGGAAGGAGAUGGCGCCAGAAACGUUGGAGGUCGCCGCCUUGGUAUCGCCGAUUCGCCGACCGGUCGCGCAGGGUGAUUUUUGCCCCAUUCUGACAUCUUCUCUUUCCUCUCCUCCUCCUCCUCCUCCUCCUCCUCCAUUCUCUCGUCCACUCAGCUGGCUUUCUAGCCUACCCAUCGCGUCUACGCAAUCAACGCGAACGACCGGUCGUUCCUGCGGUGAAGCGCAUGGGGUUGGCGGGAUUAUACUUGGAGAUAAACGAGUGACCGUCGGAUCUCUGGUUCUCGUUCUGUUACUCUUCUCCCGGCUACUUCAUCUUCUCUUGGCCGGGGUCGGGACACCUGGACCGUCUCCUGCGUCGCAGUAUGACGUGGCAGUAAAGGACAGCUCGGCGGAUUUCAAUGAUGGCGGCAGAGUGGCGCGCUGUCCGUGUAUCUCGAGACUUAGCGAAUGUGAAUGGGUGGCGGGAAGCUGUGCGCAUGGGGGCGGGGAUGGCGCGGAGGAAGCGGAAGUAGAGCGCAAGGGGGAGGAGGAGGAGAAGGCGCAGGAGGAGGGAGAGGAGAGGGGUACGGUGGUGGUGGCGGCUUCGCAGGACGACGAGAACAAUACGUUGAAUGUGGACGAUGGGAAGGCUUGGUGCUGGCGUGCUGACGUGGAGGCUUCCUGCGGCUUUCGGCUAUGGACUCGGCUCGAGGCUAUGCGGUUAUUGCGUGACACGUGGAUUGUGUUUGCGGGGGAUUCGCAAAUAAGAUUUCUCCUGAGGGCUUUUCUGCAACUGCUGCUGCCAUCCGUGGAGGAAUUGGAGCCUCAACUUUUUAAACGGCAUUCAAAUUUUUAUUAUGAAAUCAAGGAGAGCAACAUAAGGCUGACAUUUCUGUGGGCACCUUAUGUCCAAGAUGUCAUAGAGCAGCUGGACUCAGUAUGGUUGAAUGUGACGUCCCCACAGAUCCUUGCCCUGGGUGCGAGUAUCUGGCACAUGCUCCACGUCAGCAACGUGACCGGGUACCAACUUUCUUUGAAUGAUUUAGGGAGGAAGCUGGCAGCGUGGUACUCUUCUGAGAGUGGUGGUCGACAACAAGACUCACAGCCAGGAAGGGGAGUGGAACCACAGGCCGUUUCUGACUAUGGCAGGGCAAAUGAAGAGGAGGCUGAUGAGAAUCUUAACCAGGAACUUGACAAGGAUCGUAGCCAAGCAGCCGCAACUCCCUUAUUUUUCUGGCUGAAUAACCCAAAGCUAGUCAGCUCAUUGUUUAACACUGAGGAAAAAAAGGUGAAACUCACGAAGGAGCUGCAUGGGGCUUAUGAUAGAGCAUUGAUGAGGAGCCCAGUGCUUCUGCCCAAAGGACCAUGUAUUCUGCUGGACUAUCUGCAGGUGUCAACUGACUGUGGGGAGAACUGCACAACAGACGGAAUUCAUUAUAAUAAUGCCACGUACCAUGGAUUGGCCCAGAUGGUACUGAACGCGUUCGAGGUAUCACAGGGUGACAAAGGCGCAUUGUAGUCGAGGAAAGGCGAUAUGGUGUGGACCACCACAAGAUUCUCAUGGUGUCAGCAGCAGUUUCCAUUGAUCAAUGUGUAGACGAUGUACAGCGGUCAUGUGACAUGACCUGGUAAACUUAUCAAUGGGUUACUAUUUUGUUCGAUUGUAGUGCUGCUCUAGUCCGCGAAGAGAGGCAUGAGAGGUGGGUGUUGCGGGAGAUAGGUAAUUGGAGUGCUGCUCUCAUCUUCAAAGAGAGGCGUGAGAGGUGAAAGCUGCGUGUGGUGGGGACCACCACGAUAUUUAUCGGUAGUCGAUUGUGGUGUUCACAACUGUACACGUGGGUGUUGUGGGAGAUAGGUAAGUGGAGUGCUGCUCUCGUGAGACCUGUGGUGACCUGCCUGUGGUGGGGACCGCCACAAUAACUAUCGGUAGUCGACUGUGGUGUUCGCAACUGCAGCUCUUAAAUUGUUAGGUGAGGUUGUUUGAUGCCAAGGACCACCAUUAGACAGUUCAGUGUCCAUAGCUCCUCAGAAGACGUUUACUUCAACUUUCUCGCUGUUUCGAUUUUGAUGCCUGCUUUUAUGCAAAAGCUGUGAUUGAGGUCGCAGUGGAGGCAUAUGCUUCUGCACCAGCGCUGGGAAAUCCCAGCAAGGUGCUUUGCUGCUGCUGUUGCUAUUCGCGUUUCGAUUGAUUUGAUGAAAAAUUAUGAUGUGAGCCGCCCAUUGUGUCAUCUUGUUCUCAGCAUCGUUCGUUUUGUUGGCUCGUCACGACAAAGUCCCUCGUGGCGGUUUGGUAUUUUAUUUCCUCUCUCAACUCUUCGAUAGCAGUCAGCCACUGGCUAGUCACGACAAAGUCGCUCAUGGCGGUUUGGUAUUUUAUUUCCUCUCUCAACUCUUCGAUAGCAGUCAGCCACUCAUCCAUAAAUCUUAUGGUGUCAGCAGUUUCCUAUUUUUUUUUUAUUUUGUUGUAGGUGUCAGCAGUUUCCAUUUUUUUUUUUCUAAGUGUCAGCAGGUUCUCCACUGUAGGUUGUUGUUGUCAGGCUUUCGCUGGCUGUUUAGAAAGUUAAAAAAUAUUUAAAAACUGCAAAGCUGCAGGUGGCUCUUUCUUCCUCUCUGCUUCUUUCGAUUGAAAGUCGAAAGUCUUUCUUCCUUUAUUAUUAAGUGGUUAUUUAACUUUUAAAAGAAAGGUGUUAACGUAUUUUUAUUCUGUCAGUGUUUUCGCCGUGUUGUACAUUUCCACACUUGCUGGUCGGCACCAACUCCGCAAUAGCUGGUUCGGGAAAACAUUGCCCAAGUGGCUGCGAUGCGUCCAUCCCCUUGUCCUCCGUCAUCGUCCUCUAUCGUUACGUGGACAGCUAUUCUGCGGCAGCGCUUUAGCUGUUAGCAUGUUUCGCACUUGUGGCGGUAUUUUUYAUAUCCUAGUCGUCUUGGGAAAUUUUUAUGGUUUUUUUUUUUUUUUCUUCGGUCUCUUUGCUUACCUAUGAGAAAGUGUCUCACUGCGGUUAUCUCAUAUGUCAUGGCUGCAUGCCACAACCACACCUCUUCUCCAUCUUCCUCAACGAUUUACCCAUGUGAUGCCCGAACUCACCCCUUCCCGCUCCCCUCCCCCCCUUUCCCCCCCCCAUCUCAUGCUCAUCUCACUGACCUCCCAACUUUGCCUGUUGAAGAUCUGGAACCCUAGUUGAAUAGACUCAUCUAGCCUGUUGAAGAGAUGAUUGCAAUGAGCCGCCACGCCUUCUGCCAGGUAGUAGAUGGAGUGAAGGUUGCUUGCUUGAAAGCUGGGAUUCUCCCAUGGAUUUUUUUGAUGUGCAACUGUGCAGCUGUGCUCAUAGCCCUGCAUGCGUUAUCAUUGAAGUGUUUUUUUUUUAACCAUGUAUUAAUUACAUGUUUGGUUUUUUAUAUGGUCGGUUCUUUAUAUGUUUGGUUCUCUAUACAUUCAGUUCUUCAUAUGUUCGGUUCUUUAAACGUUCGGUUUUUGAAGUUGAGAUCGCAAUUUCACCGA